AUGCCACUACUUUACGCAUGCGUACAAGAGUUGAGAAAGAUUCAUGGUGAUGGUCUGCCAAUUCAUGUUAUUUAUGAUGAUCAACCUGUCAAUGAUUUCAAGACUCUGUUUCUUCGAUUGCAAGGUAUUCUUUGUGAGAGUUAGCAACUAGCAACGGCGAUAUUCACAUUCUACUUUGAGCAGCUAAGUGAGACACCGAGCAUUGAUACGCAAAGGCCCGUGCUAAAGACCCAAUAACAGGGUAACUGGCUUUACACGUCACUAGCGUCUGACUUCGUCGACUUCCCAAAGCGUAUAACAUGUAUUAGAUAAGUUGCACUGAGUCAUCUAAAUUGAGCAGUCAUUACUAACGGAGGACCAGGAAGUGGAAGUGGGGGCACUGAGUGGAAAAAGAGUGGCCCUUUGUUCUUCAAUACUUGAACACCCUAAAUGUAUGUUUGUAAAGUUACUUGUGAGUGUGGUUUUGGUCGCUAUUCAUUACGCAGUGAAUGAAAACUUCACUGACGUCUAUUCUAUAUCAAAGGCAUCUCGUACCCAGAUCUCCCACGGUUUACUUUUUCAGCGUAAGACAGAGUGAAGCGUUAAGCCCGGCGUAAACGGACGCAACAUUGUUGGAUGUUACAUGUUGCGUCCGUUUGCAUACCUUGUUGCGUGUUGUUGGGAGUUGUUGCGCAAAGUUUGAUAAACCGAUCAAACUUUUGAACCAACAACUCCCAACAUUUCGUUUGUUCCAUGAUCGGCGAAGCGUAGCGCAACAAUGUUGGAUCCGUUUGCACGGCUCUUCCACCAUUGUUGGGGCCACGUACGCUCAUUACUCAUGGUUUACAAAGUCUUAUGGAUUGUAUCUUUCCCACGAUGCACUGCAGGUCCCAACCUUCUAUGGCCAACAAUGUUGGGAGUUGUUGCGUCCGUUUGCACGUAGCUUAAGACAGAGUGUCAUGUGGGUACGAGGUUAAUAUCUAAGUGGAGCGUGCGAUCAUUCACUUUAAGCCCCGUGCAAACGGACGCAACAUUGUUGGCCAACAACUCCCAACAUUGUUGGAUGUUACAUGUUGCGUCCGUUUGCACACCCUGUUGCAUGUUGUUACGCAAAAAGUUUGAAACCGGUCAUACUUUUCAGCCAACAACUCCCUACAUUUCUUUUGUUCCGUGAUCGCCGAAGCGUAGCGCAACAAUGUUGGAUCCGUUUGGACAGCUCUUCCAACAUUGUUAGGGCCACGCACGCUCAUUACGCAUGGUUUACAAAGACUUAUGGGUUGUAUCCUUCCCACGAUGCACUGCAGGUCCCAACAUUGUUGGGAGUUGUUGCAUCCGUUUGCACACCACUGCCAACACGCACGCAACAACUCACAAUGUUGGGAGUUGUUGCGUCCGUUUGCACGCAGCCUUAAACGAAAAGGUAAAGUCAGUUAAGUUAACUUUAACUAGAAAAGUUUCUAAUUAUUUCACAGGUCUAAUACCCGGUCCAAAAAGCUAUUUUCUAGACUUCACUAACGUGUUCGUCACGACGUGCGGCACCAGCUUCUACAAGCAAUGUUUGCCUCCUCAUUCUGUAAAUUUAGUAUUUUCCUCCACUGCCAUGCACUGGUUGAGUGAGAAGCCAUGUGAUAUCACAGGAGCAUUGAGUCACACCAUGAUUACUGUUCCAGAAGAGGCGGUAAAAUUCAGAAGCCAGGCCGCAAAGGAUUGGGAGACAAUCGUACUGGCGAGGGCAAAGGAGAUGGCUUCUGGUAAGACGAAAAAAUACAGUCAACUCACUUUUGUUUGUUGAUGCCCUUUCCUGAGUCCCCUUGCCCUUUCAAAUACCACUUUUGACCAAACGACACCCUGUCACAUUCCUACCCACGAAAAUGGUACACCUUUCAGGUUACAGAGGCGUUCUGGUUUACAACGAGCGACUAACUAUUCUCGGAAAAGUAUGUGUAUAAGUCGUUGGGUGCGUCUCUUUCGGACGCUUUAAAGGACGUUAAAUGACUUAAAUGGCGACGGACGUUAUGGAAGUUUUCCCGACUCUUUCCUUAACAGUUUUACGUCUUUAAAGACGUAAAAUCCGCACCAAGUACUGUCCUGGGCGUUCAUGAUUAGCGUUUCCAUAUAUUCCGGCCUUAACCGACUUGAGUCAAAAUUGAGAGUAGUUCCUUUUUUAUCUUGUAAUUUAGGUGGCAGGAUGGUUCUUGUUCAGUUCGCUGUAGACGACGAGGGGCAGUUUAUUGGACAAACACGAAAAGCUGCUGCUUCCAUUCAUGGCACCUUGAGAGACUUGUGGAGGGAACUCCGCGACGAAGGUCUCAUCACAAAGGUUACACAUUUUCUGCUUUUAGUUGUUGUUACCGCCCUAGAUCGAUUGGACAUGCAAAUAGUUUAUGAAGGUGUGAAAGACAUCUUGCAAGCAUGACGAUCGAAAUGACCACAGGUAACCCCAACUUGCAAUUUGAACGCUCAGUAAGACAAUAAUCUGUGCCUUUCCAACAUUACCGGGUUUAUUUGCUCACUAACUUAAUUCUCUAUCGUGCCAUCUGGCGCUUGACACGACAGGAGGGAAUUCCGCCCGACUUUGUCUACGGCUGCUCUGGGGGAUGUCUUCAAAGUCAGUCCUUAGUUUGCUCCUUGGCUGUUUUUAUUUAUUUAUUUUUACUUAAUGUAAAGCUCUCUGCAAACGGACGUAACUUUAUUGGCCAACAACUUCCAACAUUGUUGGUGUUACAUGUUGCGUCCGUUCUCACACCCUGUUGCAUGUUGUUGCGUGUUGCUGGGAGUUGUUGCGCAAAGUUGAAACCAAUCAAACUUUUAGCCCCGUAAAACGGACGCAACAUUGUUGGGAAUUGUUGCGUCCGUUUGUACGUAGCUUAACAUAAACCACCCACGACCUAUACAAUCCUUUUUUUAUUUCCUUCUCCCCGCUCACUACAGCUUUUUUAAAAUUAGAAGCCUUUAUUAAUCCUUGCAUGACAUAUUACCAUGCUAGAAGUGAUCUAUGCAGUUGACAGACUUCUACAGACCUAAAAAACUUAUUUUUUUGCAGGAUGAAUUUUAUCGGACUACAUUUAUCGGUUACUUCCGGACUGUUAACGAAUUCAAGGCCCCUUUUGAAUCACCGGACUCUCCUGUGCGUAAGGCUGGCCUGUCACUGAUCUCCAUAGAAACCAAAGUAGUGCCAUGCCCUUAUAGGGAAAAGUGGUUGCAAAAUCGAGGCGAUCCUGUAGAGCAUGCGCGGUGGUUCAUACCGUCGUUAAGGAAGUGGAGUAAUUCUACGUUUAUUUCCGGUAAGAGACUAGUUGUACUAUCACUGUGGCAUAGAAAUUGACGGUGUUCGGUUUGGUCGUACUGGAGAUAUCGGGCAUUUUGAUUGGGGCUUAAAUGCUACGUUCACAAAAGUCCCCGCCCUCUCGGGCCCGAAAUCAAAAAUUCGCCGUGAAAAGGCGGAAAAGCUAAAUUUCAAAUGCGAGUGCAUAAGUCAUGAUAAUAGGCUAGUUUCUCCAGAAACUGUUUAUUGAUCUUUCUUUCUUUCUAAUCUUUUUUUUUGGGGGGGGGGGGGGGGAGGGAUGUUUCCUUUGCUUAGUAAUACGUUUUUUGUUGAUAGACUCGGUGAAUGGACUAGGGUUUUUUAGGUGAGUUAACGCCUCAGUCCAUAACUUACCUUUGUGGUGUUACCUUUUGUUCUUAGCCCUGUCAGAUUCUCGGUCACCCAAAGAAAAGGAAAGCAUCGUAAAUGAAUUGUUCAAGCGAUACGAAAGCGAGGUUGCCAAGCGUCCUGAAGAUCACGGAGGUGAUUAUGUUCAUGCCUACAUGGUUAUCGCGAAGAACGAAAAGAUAGGAGCUUGACUUCACAAAACUGUGGCUAGGAGUUUGACCGCCUUAAUCGCGCCUAACACGACCUGACAAUCAAAUGAACCAAUUACGUCUAAAAGAAAAUAUAAAUACAUUAACUGGGCAACAGGCGCGGGAAACUGCCGCGGAUAGACAUCGCGCUUUCCCACCACAACCUUCCUUGCUCAAAACAAGAUCGAGAGAGUUUCUUUUUAGCAAAGCGAGUCUCCCGAUGAAAAUAUAAUAGUACAAAUUGCAAAACAUUGGGAUUCAAACUUUGGGAUUUACAGAUUUUUCUUGAAUUCCAUGGUGUAACCUGAAUGUCUUAACAACUCCGCCCUCAAUAAAUGCACAAUUAUAGCUGCGUGUACACCCACAAUUCACGACAAAGCGUUUUUACUUUGAUCGCUGAUUGUAAAAACAGACUGUUUCCACACAAACGAAGGAUUAAACUUUUUAUUUUUUCUGCCCUUGUUUUACUACUAUUUGCAAUAAUUGGCAAAAAUAAAAAUGAAAAACAAGACGAGAAUUUACCAUUGGAAAACCCCUGUUAUGAUUGUUUUCAAUGCAAUUUGAAAAAUAUGUUCUGAGAGAU